AUGACAGAGUGGACUUUGCUCAAACGUCUCCUGGAUGCUGUCCAUCAUCACUCCACUAUGAUCGGACGCCUGUGGCUCACAGUCAUGGUUAUCUUCAGGCUGCUCAUUGUUGCUGUUGCUACAGAGGAUGUGUAUACGGAUGAACAAGAAAUGUUUGUUUGCAACACUUUACAGCCAGGAUGUUCCACUGUGUGCUACGACACAUUUGCACCCAUCUCACAGCCUCGGUUCUGGGUGUUUCACAUAAUCAGUGUAUCCACCCCAUCGCUUUGCUUUAUCAUUUACACAUGGCAUAACCUGUCCAAGCAACCACAGAAUAAGGAAAGACAACAGACCUUCGACUGCAGCUGUGACUCGGACAGUUGCUCAAUCCACUCCCAUAAGCAUCUAGGUCACAGCCUAGCAGAUGUGCUGGAGGACCUCACUACACAGAACAUUGAGGUAGCUCAAGUUGUUUCUGGUGGAGUUCUGUCCAAAUGUUACAUUUUCCAUGUUUGUCUGAGGGCUGUCUUGGAGAUCUGCUUUGUCUUGGCCCAGUGGAAGCUGUAUGGCUUCCAUGUACCUGUCCAAUUUCUUUGCACCUCUUCCCCAUGCAGGCAACCGGUAGACUGCUACAUAUCCAGGCCCACAGAGAAGACUAUCUUCCUCCUUUUUAUGUUCUGUGUAGGAGUUUUCUGCAUUCUGCUGAACCUCCUGGAGUUAAAUCAUCUGGGUUGGAAAAAGAUUCGUCAUGCAUUGAGGUUAAGAGAGAAAAAGUCUUGGGAUGGCUGUCCAGGUAUCCAGUGUGGAUAUAAACCUUUUCCACCUGACAGCCCUUCACUCACAUCUUCUUUUGGAUUUAGGGAUGUGACCAGCACUACCUCUCUACCCACUCUGGACCUGGUGGUGGGUCACCAGCCUGAUUGGAGCUGUGCACUUAGCCGUGAAGUUGUGGAAGUAGAAGUCAGGCCUGGACGAGCAAAGAGGUUGGACUCACAUAAACACGAGAGGCAGCUUCUAAAGAGCAAGGAGAUUGAAAGGUGCAAACAGAGGAGUGCUGAGGUCUGGAUAUAG